GAAUCGUUACUUAGGGACACAGAAUCGUUACUUAGGGACACAGAAUCGUUACUCAGGGACACAGAAUUGUUACUCAGGGACACAGAAUUGUUACUGAGGGACACAGAAUUGUUACUGAGGGACACAGAAUUGUUACUGAGGGACACAGAAUUGUUACUCAGGGACACAGAAUUGUUACUCAGGGACACAGAAUUGUUACUCAGGGAAAGACACAGAAUUGUUACUGAGGGACACAGAAUUGUUACUGAGGGACACAGAAUUGUUACUCAGGGACAGACACAGAAUUGUUACUGAGGGACACAGAAUUGUUACUGAGGGACACAGAAUUGUUACUCAGGGGCACAGAAUUGUUACUCAGGGACACAGAAUUGUUACUCAGGGACAGACACAGAAUUGUUACUGAGGUACACAGAAUUGUUACUGAGGGACACAGAAUUGUUACUGAGGGA